GAGGUCUCAUUCACUCACUUCCUCGCCUCUCACUUAAACCCUAAACCCCAAACCCCAAAUCUUAGGGUUUUUUUUUCUCUCUCUCUCUCUCGCUCUCCCUCCUCCUCCGAUACCCUUAACCCCUUCGAAUUGGAUAAAAAAUGAUGACCACCAUCCUCCGCCGUACGCCUACUAUAGCCACGGCGCGGACCUUUGCCGCCAUCGAAACCUUCCUGAUCAACCACCAUUCAUUUCUCGGGACGCCGGCCCCCGAACUCGUGCUUCCUGAAAAUGGCGCCGUCGGCGGCGAGGCUAGGUUCUACACCGUCUCAGCCCUGAAGACGAAGUUGGGCCCUUCGUACGGGUAUCAAGUGAGGGACUUGCACGCGAAAUCUGGGCCGUUGAGUUUUCGGGCGUCGACGCCUCUGGGCGCGCAGUUUGCCGUUGAGUACUCAUCCGAAGAGUCGACCAGAAGGAGUGGCGACGAUGAAGGACUCGAGAUCGCGAAGCUAGGGAUUGCUAAGGAGAUCGUGUCGGCUUUGGCCAAUAAGGGUAUCAGCAAGCUGUUCCCCAUACAGAGGGCUGUGUUAGAACCAGCAAUGCAAGGGCGGGAUAUGAUCGGUCGCGCUCGAACAGGAACAGGGAAAACUCUUGCGUUUGGGAUACCCAUCUUGGAUAAAAUCUUUAAAUACAAUGCCAUACAUGGGCGUGGAAAGAAUCCUUUGGCUUUGGUUUUGGCCCCGACAAGAGAACUCGCAAAGCAAGUUGAGAAGGAAUUCCAUGAUACAGCACCUGGUUUGGAUACAAUCUGUGUCUAUGGUGGUACCCCCAUUUCAAGUCAAAUGAGAGCACUUGACUAUGGAGUUGAUGUGGCUGUUGGCACGCCUGGUCGUGUAAUUGAUCUUAUCAACAGGGGAGCCCUGAAUUUAGAGGAAGUUCAGUUUGUUGUUCUUGAUGAAGCUGAUCAGAUGCUCCAGGUGGGAUUCCAGGAGGAUGUAGAGAUAAUCUUAGAGAGGGUGCCAAAGAAACGUCAGACAUUGUUGUUUUCUGCAACAAUGCCCGGUUGGAUUAGAAAGCUUACUCAGAAUUAUCUAAAAGAUCCAGCCGUUAUUGAUCUUGUUGGGGAUUCUGAUCAAAAAUUGGCAGAUGGAAUUUCUCUAUACUCGAUUGCAUCAGACUCAUACGGAAGAGCAUCAAUUAUUGGACCACUUAUAACAGAACAUGCAAAAGGAGGAAAGACUAUUGUUUUCACUCAGACAAAGCGUGAUGCUGAUCGAUUGUCGUAUGCCAUGUCAAGAAGCUUUAGAUGCGAGGCUUUGCAUGGGGAUAUUUCACAAAGCCAGAGGGAAAGGACCCUUGCAGGUUUUCGAGAUGGGAAUUUCAAUAUUUUAGUUGCCACUGAUGUUGCUGCUCGUGGGCUUGAUGUACCCAAUGUUGAUCUGGUGAUACAUUAUGAGCUGCCAAAUAAUCCAGAAAUAUUUGUUCACCGGUCUGGCCGAACAGGUCGUGCUGGGAAGAAAGGAAGGGCUAUUCUUGUUUACACACAGGAUCAAUCCAGGGCUGUUAGGACUAUUGAGAGAGAAGUAGGAUGCAAAUUUACGGAGCUUCCCCGGAUUGCUGUUGACAGCAAAAGUAUAGACAUGAUGCCGGACAUGGGUAGAGAUCGAUUCACAAAGGGUAGUCGAUUUGGUGGUCCAUCAGGACCAGGUUUUAGCCGUUCUGGUGGGUUUGGUCGUUCCAGUAGCUAUGGUGAUUCUUCUGGUCAGAUGGGUAGAUCUAGUGGACCUCGUCCCGGUCGUUUUGGUUCCUAUGGUGAUUCUCAAUCUGGAGGUGGGUUUUCCGGAUCUAGCUCAAACCGCGGAGGAAACUUUGGUAACUCAGGUUUCGGUCGUUCAAGUGGUUUCGGUAAUUCUGACCGUUCAGGUGGUUUUGGUAGUUCUGACCGUUCAAGUAAUUUCGGAGGGUUUGGUAGCUCUGAUCGUUCUGGUGGUUCUAGGAACAAUAAUUCUAGCCGUUUUGGCAGCUUUGGGGAUGACAAGUUUUGAUGAUGAACAAAACGCUAGAAGACCCUUCGAACUUUAUUCAAUGUUAGGAAGAUACGGAACCCAGGAGGAAAGAAUUACCAAGAACAAUUAUUUGCUUUCAUGAACCGAAGUUAGAGGGGGGGCGUGUAGCGAAUAAUUGUUCUUGCAAUACCACCCGAAGUUAGAGGAAGCAACAAUAGGUGUUUUAUUCUGUUUAUAUUAUUAAGUUUAUAAAUUAGAGUAUGAAACGAAAGUCAAGUCAUCGUAUUCGGAUGAUGAGAGGGCUCAUAAAAUGUAAUGUAUCUUUUUAGUAUUAUUAUGUUGACGCUACUAUUUUUUGUUGUUUAUUUGGGUUGUCUUAAUCCUUGAGACUUGAGAUUAGUGGCUGUACUUGGCAGUGUUUGGUUACGAAGUCCCAUAAAACGCCCCCCAUGGACAAGGAUUAUCAUAUCUUACUGGAAAAAUAUGUUCGGAUUAAUUAAUGUGGCUAUGAGCUGUGAUUGAUCAGCAUUUCAGAUC